AUGGACACCGCCGACUUCUACUACGUCUACUACCUGGCCCAGGACUACCUGCACUAUGUGCUGCGGCAGCCGCCGCUGCCGCCAGCCCGGACCAGGGUUGCCCAGGUGCUACGCCGCAUCGCUUCCUCUCUGCAAGACCAAACGGAGGAGGCUGUGCGGCCGCUGCUGGACAGCAUCGACGUCUCCUCGGUCGCUGCUGCCAAGAGGAUUUUCAACGGUGUCAUGGAGGAGAAAUUCGCUGAUGGAAAUACUAACUGGGGACGAAUCAUGACCAUAUUUACCUUUGGAGGGCUCCUCACUAAGAAGCUUCAGGAGCACGGAGUUCAGCUGACCGGGGAGGAGAGAGAGCAGAUCUCUUACUUCAUCACCGAGUACAUAAUAAACAACAAAGGCGAGUGGAUAGAUGCCAACGGCGGCUGGGAAAAUGGCUUCCUGACAAAGUUUGAGAGAAGAUCCCCACUGUCCCUCUCCAAAGUCACAGCCAUGUUCCUGGCUCUUUUUGCCCUGUUCAGAAAGUACUACUGAAACAAGUGGACCUGCCAGUCACGCCUAACCUCGACGUGGCCACGAGCUUCAUGGCUAAGCUUUCCUCCAAGCAAUACUGAAGAGAAAGUUCUUUUCUGCAGAGGGGUUAAUUUAUUGGUAUUUAUUUUUGCUAAAUGCAGUGCUCCAC